AUGCCACCAAAGAAAAACAAUCAACCUAAAAUAACUGCCUUUAUUUCAAAAAAGUCUUCUUCAACUAAUGAAUCAUCUUCCGAAGAGCCUUUAAAACUGUCAGAUUUACUACCACCAUCAUUAGCUUCAUUUGCAUCAUCAUCAUUAAUAGAACAAUCAAAGGAACAUCAUCAUUCAGAAAAUAUACAAAUUGCAACAGAACAUCAAGAAACCUUUCAACCACCACCAUCAUCAUCAUUCUUAUCUGGAACACCAGGAUUAUCUUUACCUAAUAAUGAUGGUUCUUUAUUGUCACUAUUUGGAGGAGAAUACUUGACUGAAAUCAUUCCAAUUGAACAAGAUAAUCAACAUCAUCCAACAACACUUUUUGAAACUAAUAUUUCAAAAUCAUUGGAAAAUCAGAAUGCUCCAUUAAAUAUUAGUGAUCUUAUGAUGGAUGAUUUACAUAUUGGUGGAAUUGGUAGUGGAGUUGAUUCAACUCCAAGUUUGGAUGAAUUAAAGAAUCUUGAUAUUGGAAAAUAUAUUGAAGAACAAACAGGUUCAGCUACAAAUCAAGUACAAACAGCAAUGCAAAUUUGUAACAUUUUCCGAGAACCUGGUAAUCAACAAAAUUCAGAAUUGUUAAAACAAGCAACAAGUUCCUUGAUAGAUCAACAAGAAAAUGAAAGUGAUGAUGAUGAUAAUAGAAGUGUAAUGACAGAAUCAUCUCAAUUAACAUCUGAAAAUUAUAAAGGAGAUGAUUUUGAUGAAAUUUAUGGACCAGAUGAGGGUGAAGGAGAUUAUGAUUAUUUGGAUGAUAUCUUGAAAGGAAUGUUAAAAAGAAAAAAGAGAAAGAGAGCAAUGAAAUCUAAAAAAACUAGGAAAAAGAAGGAAGACAAAAUACCAAAAGAG